AUGCCUUAUAGCCACAUUUUACCAUAUUUAUUGAGGGGAUCACUUGUACAACUAAGGGAGUUAGGACCCCCACCAGCGGUUCUUCCUCUCGGUUAUGAUGCAAACGCCCGUUGUGAAUUUCAUUCUAGCGCUCCUGGGCAUUCGAUCGAGAAGUGUAAAGAAUUAAAGUACAAGGUUCAAGAUCUUAUUGAUUCUAAGGCAAUCACAUUCGCCCCCAAGGGGCCGAAUGUAAAUAAUAACCCGAUGCCCCCUCACAACAAUGCAUCCGUGAAUAUGAUGGAAGCUGACAACAGAAGUAGAUUGAUGUCCUGUGUGGACGAGUUAAAAACACCACUCAUCGAGAUCAAGAAUGCUUUAAUGAGGGAUAAUGCCUUUCCCAUAUGUAGUAAUGAUUGUGAACACUGCCUGAUUAACCCGCAACAAUGUAGAACGUUGAAGUCUGUCAUACAACAAUUAAUGGACCAAGGGAUCUUGGUGGUAGACUACCCGUCCACAAAAGAAGAUGUGUCUACCCUUGAGAUACCAUACAACGAAGUCCCUCCUCUACAAAUUCCAUAUGACUUCUCUCAAUUAACUCUGUCAACAAAUCAUGUUACUCCGAUCAUAAUAACGGUUCCCACACCAUUCUCAAUUACAAGAAGUGGAAGGAUAUUUGCGCCGACACUCACUUCGAUUGGAACUAUCAAUCUUUCAACUUCAUACAAAGGCAAACAAAUUGAUGGCACUAAUCAAAGACAAGACCCUGCACCUUCCAAUGAAGUUGACAAGUUCUUACGCAUCAUCAAGAAGAGCGAUUAUCGAGUAGUUGAUCAGUUUAACGAGACACCCUCGAAGAUCUCAAUGUUGUCUUUAUUAAUCUUAAGCUUGGGUUUUAGUGAUGAAGAGCUUUCUGCCGAGGGGAGGAAUCAUAACAAGGCUCUCCAUAUUUCUAUUGAGUGUGUGGAAACAGUCCUAUCAAGAGUUUUGGUAGACAUUGGGUAUUCCCUUACUGUGAUGCCUAAGAGCUCCUUUGCUAAACUAACUGUUGAAGAACUCGUAAUGAAGCCGAGUGAGCUUAUAGUAAGAGCAUUUGAUGGGACUAGAAGGAUUGUAAUCGGUGAGGUGAAUUUGCCUAUGAAGAUUGGUCCCCAUACUUACCUUAUCACUUUCUUCGUAAUGGACAUCUAUCCAGCCUACAGUUGUUUGCUUGGGAGGCCUUGGAUCCAUUCAGCUGGUGCAGUCACUUCAACUUUCCACCAAAAAUUGAAAUUCUUAGCUGAUGAUAAACUAGUUGUUGUCGAGGGUGAGGAGGAUAUUGUGGUAAGUCACCUCGCAUCUUUCCGAUACGUUGAAGGAGAAGGGGAGAUGAGGGAAAUCCCAUAUCAAUCAUUUGAAGUUAUCAAUGUUGAAAUGGUUUGCCCAGCAAGGGAUGAAUCAAAAGAUGCCAAAUCUCCAACGACAUCUCUUAAAUACACCCUGACAAUCAUAAAGGAUGGACACCCUCAAGGAUGGGGAAGAUUGCUUGAACUUCCUGCCAACAAGGACCAUACCGGUUUAGGAUACAACUCCCAGAAUUUGAAAAAGCCCGCGCCGAUAGCUACAAGGGGAUCAGUGCUCCCGCUAUCCGAAAACUUCUCAAGCGUUGGUUACGUUGAUGACAACCUUACUGAUGAUAUUGCUGUCACCACUUAUGUUGUUGCUGUUGUGGAUACUGUGAUUCAACCUGUGGCUCUUCAAACUUCUGCACCAAUUAUUGUUGAGACUCCUAAUGACAACGAAGAUGAAUAUAUAGGUCCUACCCUUCACUUCUGUCUUCCUCCUCGAGCUACUCAACCUGCUGUUCGAAAUUUGAAUCAAGGUGUUCAGAUACCUCCUACUUAUCCUGGGGCAUCUUCAUUUGUUGCACCUCCAUUUGUGUAUCCUGGGGCACCCUAUGCUCCACGUCAAAAUUAG